UCUCCCACUCCAACCUCAUGUACGUGUUAACCCAGCCUCCAAGCUCCUGGCACCGCUAGUUACACCCGCUGGCGCGCGCGCGCGCUCCCACCUCCCAAGAACUCAGCCAGCAGGCCAGCUCACCGCGCCGCCAUGGGCAACGCUCUUGCCGGCAGGCGGCGCGCGGCCAAGGUGAUGACGGUGGACGGCGCCACGUUCCGGUACAAGACCCCCGCCACGGCCGGCGCUGCGCUGCGCGGCCACCCGGGCCACCAGCUGCUUGAGUCCGAGGAGGUGCGCCGGCUCGGCGUGCGCGCGCGCCCGCUCGACCGCGACGCGCCGCUCAAGCCCGGGAAACUCUACUUCCUCGUCCAGAUCCCGCGCAGCGCCGCCGUCGUGGGCAGCGACGCCGACGACCCGCGCGCGCCGCGCAAGACGUGGUCCGGCGCGCUGCACGUCGGCGCCAGGGAGCGGCUCGAGAGCCUGAUGCUGUCCCGCCGCACCGUGUCGGACGUGGCUGCCUUCAUGCCGUUGUCGGCCACCGCCAGGGCGGCCCCCGGCGGGUCGACCCGGCCAUCGUCCGUGGAGGUCGGCGUGGACGGCGCCGUGCGGCUGCGGAUGCGCCUGCCCAAGGCCGAGGUGGCGCGGCUCAUGAAGGAGAGCAAGGACCCCGCCGAGGCCGCCCAAAAGAUCAUGCAGCUCUGCCUGGCGAGGGACCAGGGCGCGGCCGCGCCGGCGCCCCCGUCCUCCGUGCCGGCCUCCGCGCUGUCGAGCGAUAAGACAGCCCUGAAGAAAGAGAAACGGACGAGGUUUGUGACAGUUCCCGACGUGAUCAUCGGAUGACACAAACGGGAGCAAAGUGUAUAACUAUUUUCCCUUUCUUUUGGGGUUUCUCUUUUUGGUCGGUCGAUCUCUUCAGCAAGAGGAAUUGCUGGGGUUUGGAGCAUGAGAAGCCGCUCGGAUAAAUAUGUAUGGCUUCCUAUCUCCCCAGUAAUUCUCGAGUCCUAACUAGGCAAUUCUCCAAAAAAAUAAAAUAGAGAGAGAGUCGUCAUCUCCAUCUUUGCUACCAUAGGCAGUAGUUUAAGUAGUGAAAAAGAAAGUAGAAAAGCUUACGAUGUUGUGCUGUACUCUACGUCUGUACUGGUGUGUAAAACUAGCUUCACUUUUGAUCAGUAUGAUCAGAGAAUGUAUAUAUGCGUACUAUUUUACUGCUCCA